AUGUCGAAGCCGCGGCAGCCAAAUGACGCCAUGGCAGCCCCCAUCGCCCCCAUCGUUCUCGAUGAGGAUACCUGGACCUGCGACAAUCCCAACAUCGUGAUGGUGAAGAUGCCCGAGAUGUCCCACAUUCCGGAGGGAGAGCGCCCGGUUGUCAUGCUAAAACUGCCUGAUGGCACCAUGGCAGACAUCCAAACGAUGAACCUUCCGAGCAAUGUCAAAAGGCUGCUCAGCGACAUCGACAUGGACAGAGACGGAGUGGUGGAUGACCCGAAUGUGGAUCACGUGGUUAAGAUGCUGGAGAUGAUGCGCGAGGAAUUUGGCUGUGAGAAGGGUCACGUGGCACAAGAGGAGAUGGACAAAGCGCUGAUACUGAUGACGAAUCUCUUGCGCCAGAAGCGCGAGAACUCGGCAGACAUGAGCUAUCGCCAUCUGAGCCCCUGCAUUCAGGACGUGAUGAAGGAGUGGGAUAUCGACGGCGACGGAACGGUGGCUCUUCACGAGCUCACAGAGGCCGCCCACGCCUACAAGAAGGUCAAGAAAGAAGGCCGCCGGAUGAGGAGGAUGAUCAUCGGCCUUUGCUGCGUCAUCGGUGUGCUGCUGACGGGGAUGUUCGUGCUCUCCUAUGUGGCAGCGGACAUGGCGAAGGAGAUGCGCAGCAGUGGCGACGGAGUGAUGCGCGCACAGGGCGAGGUGGUGAAGGUUGCGAGCUCCGACUUCACGCUGGUGGAUGGCCAGCUUGUGGCUCGUGGGGAACCCGAUGCCCCAGCCGAGUGCGGUACCAAUACCACCUGCCGUCGUCUGCGGCGCGGCGGAGGUUUUCAGAAGCCACUGCAAACGGCUCCGGCCACAAGGAGGGUGGAAGGAGUCUGCUCUCAAUCGAAGCGUUCGAACUUCGACAGGCUCAAGGCCUUGGACUUUCGCUGCGCGCAGCCUCUUCAUCUGCCGGUCGACAAGGUCAUGUCCGCAGAGAUGCGGGAGUGCAACUGCGGACUUGUCAUGAACAUCCACACAAAGGAGGGCAUUGUAACCCUCGACGGAUGCGAUGUGUACGUGGAUGACCCGAUGUUCGAAUUCUUGGAGCAGGCUCAAUGUUCGGCACUGACGAAGAAAGUGAGAAAGCGACAAGCAGGCGGCCGACCUCCUCCAGGUCGCCAGGGCGGCCGACAGGGUGGUCGGCAGCUGCUAGGAGCAACGGACAUCCUGGAUGGCACUUUCGAGUGGUUCGAGGAAGGCGAGGAGCCCUGCGAGAGCAACCCUCUCCCCGAUCCGCAGAGCAUCCCGCAGUACUUUCGCGCGGAGGUUCGCAUCACGGAGCUGCACCCGGACCCGCAGGCCGAGGCCUUCUCCCAGUACUUCAGCGACGCCAACGGCUCCGCCCUGACCCUGCCGGGCAUUGUUUCCUACGACGGAAAGAUCUACAAGACCUGGACGGAAGAGGUCGUGAGGGCCUCGGACGCUGAAGUCCAUCUGAAGCGCUAUGCCAUGCAUCCUCUUCAGGCCGAGCUGCACUUGAUGAAGGCUGGCGUCCUCGCGCAAAUGGAUCUCCUCGGAUCUCGAGGCUUCCGCUGCCAGAUUGGCGACGGCGAUCUCGGCACAGAGAGCUUUAAUUUCUCAUGGCAGCCGAGUAUGGAAUACCAGGGCACCGUCGCCGAGCCGGACGGCCGCAUUCUACGCCAUUGGAGGACUGACGUCCUGAAGGGCCUGGACCUCUCCACGCUAACCGAGGACGAGAAUUUCAGCGUGGCUGUCGUGGAGGCCGGCCUGUCCCCGAACAUUAUCGACUACUACGAUGUCGACACGGAUCCCAGUGAGGCCUUCCAGUCGGGGCAGCCUUACCGGAUUCAUGCAUUUUCCACGGUUCCCGGCUCGACCGUGGAUCGAAUGACGGAGUACCUUACUAUGGAGGCAGUGGAUGCCUCGAAGGGCCUGGCUCAGGUGUUGGAGGAGCUCGGCGUCUCAAGUUUGGAUGGCGACUGUGACGUGGACGAGGACGAGGAUGAUGCCGAUGCCACCGCUGACAACCAUGCGCUUGCAGCCGAGAUCCAAGGCUACCUCUCGCAAGCCGACGACGAUGACGACAUUGAUGAGCCCCCAGAGAUUGACCCAUGGGCGGAGAUGCCAAGCGCGCUGCUCUUCAACUACGAGAUGUUGCAAGGGCUGGUCGAGGAGGACGCUGGUAGUCCCUUCCUUGAGAUCGCCACUGGCUCGUUGUACUGGACGUCUCUCUUCACCAUGGCGGAUAAUGAGGACGUCUUAAAUGCUUUCGUCAAUACCACCAGCGACGAACGCCGGUUGAGUGAGACGGAGGAGGCGGACUUCAAGUGGUCAGCUCGAGACCGCGACGGCAGAUGUGCCGUUGAGGUCGAGGCGGAUAUGGACGCGCGUCCGAAAUCUCGCACUUCUCAAGGCAGGACCAUCAGGAAGAGCAGACCACUCAUCAUGAAGAUGACUGCAGAGUUUGAAGGAACCUGCCAGGCAGUCAUGACGCAGAGGUCGCGUCUGCGGUCGGUGGAAGUGGAGCCAGCAGGCGAAAUGUGCCAACGCAACCGCGCGAUGUGCCUUGAGAAGAUGCCGCGCCGCCGUGCAACAAUGGAGAGUGGCCGACUGCUCAGUGAGGACAGCGAUGACGAGACGAUGGCAAAAAUCAACGGUUUCUUCAAGCGCAAGCAGAAGCCUAUACGAUUUCAGUUGAAAUGCAAGGAACGGAAAGGCAGAACUUCGUGCACCCUCCGUGGUCGCAAGGGGCGGCGCGGAGGAAGGAUGCUGUCCGGCGGCCGUCCCGGCAGGGGCAAGGCCGGAAACCCUGCGAAAGCGGGCAUGAAGUGGUCUUUUACCAAUGGCCAGUUUGACACGAGCUGUGGAGGAAUCGUGAAGGCCAACAUGUGGGCAAACGGCAAGCCAGUCCGCGAUACCGCAAAAGAGCUGGGGCCACCGUGUCGGCCAAGAAACAAGAAGGCGGUGAAGUGGCUGCGGAGGGGCGGGCAGAGGCGCUGA